UAAACCAUACGAGCCCCGCCCCUUUCUUAGUGCGUUUUGUUGUCCCUCAAUACUGAACACUGAGUUCACGUUUCAUUCAAUUUUAAUCUAAAAGUGCAGCCGUUAAUACCGGUCUUAUUCUGUGUCGUUCUUAAAGGAAGUAACGUUCAAUAGGGGUGAACUCGAGCUGAGUGUACGAGGCGUCUCCCCGGCUGUCACAUCACAUUAGUGGUUGUCCCUACACACUCACACACAAACACAUACACACAUGCUGUGAACCUCAAAAGGUAAAGAAACACAAAUGCAUGUCCGACACUGCAUCAUCUCCGCGCCAGGGAAGGCCAUCCUGCACGGAGAGCAUGCGGUCGUGCACGGAAAGGUGGCUCUUGCUGUCAGCCUCAACCUCAGGACUUAUCUAGAAUUGAAGGCGACCUCUACUGGCAAAGUCUCUAUAGACCUUCCCAACAUCGACACGUUCCUCUCCUGGGACCUGUCUGACCUCCAGCCGCUGGUGUCGGAGUCCUUCGCCAAACCAGAGGAGGCCCAGCGGUUGGACCCGGAGCUCCUCGGACGACUGCGAGAGUUUGUGGGCGUCACCAAUGGAAACCUGGACACGCGCAGCAUGGCCACGCUGGCCUUCCUCUACAUCUACCUCUCCUUGUUUGGAUCAGGGGAGCUGCCCGCCCUGUCGGUGUGCGUGUGGUCCGAGCUGCCCACCGGAGCGGGUCUGGGCUCCAGCGCUGCCUACUCGGUGUGUCUGGCGGCUGCCCUGCUCACGGCCAGCGGAGCCAUCCCCGCCCCCCUGAGGGACCCCUCCGCCCCCGCCAGGUGGUGUCAGGAAGACAUGGAGCUGAUCAACAGCUGGGCCUUUCAGGGGGAGCGGAUCAUCCACGGGAAUCCGUCGGGCGUGGACAACGCCGUGGGUACCUGGGGCGGCAUGUUGAGGUUCCUGUCUGGGAAGAUCAUCCCUCUGAGCAGGGUUCCCCUACUGAGGAUCCUCCUCACCAACACCAAGGUCCCCCGCAGCACCAAGCUGCUGGUGGCCGGAGUGAAGGACAAACUGACCAAGUUUCCCUCCGUCAUAAACCCGGUGCUGGACUCGGUGGACGCCAUCUCCUGCACCUGUGAGAAGACUCUGGCGGAGAUGACCAGUGAGCCAAUCACAGGGGAGCAUUACAACGUGCUGGAGGAGCUGAUCGACAUCAACCAGAGCCAGCUGUGUGUGCUGGGCGUGGGCCACCCCUCCCUGGACACCCUCUGUCGGGUCACCCUGACCCACGGGCUGCACAGCAAGCUGACGGGGGCCGGAGGGGGGGGCUGUGGCAUCACGCUGCUGAGACCCGAGACGGACGCGGCGGUGGUGCGGGACACGGUCCGGGACCUCCAGGCCUGCGGCUACGACUGCUGGGAGACCAGUAUCGGGGGCCCCGGGGUCCAGCAGCACGGGGCCCCCUCCGUCAGGGAGGACAUCCUGGAGCGCCUCGGCCCUCGCUGACCCCCCCCGCCCGUCACCCACCUCUGAGGGGAGGGGGGGCCGGGAGGGGUCGCUGCCCGCUGCCCGCUCUGAUAACAGAACAGUUUAUUUUAAUAAUAUAUCAGAAGGGAAAUAGUCUCGCGUUCCUCAUCUCAUAUUGCUGUUGAGGAAACUAGAGUCCCGCUUUUAAGGAGUUGCCUCAAGACGAAUUAGGUUUUCUAAUUAACCAACUAGGGCCUCUAUGUAAUCCUAAUAAAUUGUCUUCUACUUGC